AUGGUGAAAAACGUCCACAUUUUAGAUAUUUUACUACAAAAGCACUAUGUUUCCAUUCUAUUUUUGGCGUACAUUUUUUUGUUGGAAGUUGUAGGCGGGAUACCAAGACCACCACAAUUUAAGGAUACUUCCGUUUCAUCGUCCUUUCAUCGUGAACGCAGAUGGUUAAUUGAAAAGGUACGUCCAUUAAACAUGACACCGUCCAGGGACAGCUUGAAGCACAAAAAAUACGUCCAACUUUGGAAAAUAAGACAGGCCCUCGCAACUGGAAGACACGAACCCUUUAAAAACUUAUCUAAAAGAUCCUCAGGUCGGGACUAUCUGGAGAGGAUCGCGUCAUUCAUCAAAGAAAAGGAAGAUGCAUCGUUACGACCAGCUGGCUCGGCAAAAGUGGUGUUCUUACUAGAUGGCUCAGGAAAAAUCGGCAAUGAGGACCUUAGCUCGUACAGACUGUUUGUGAAAAAGGUGUAUAAAAACUUAAACAUUCCUACGAGAGGAAUUACGUUUGGGCUUCUAGAAUGUGGCAGUAGACGUUACACCCAGAGAAACAUCCUUCCCAGAAAAAUUCAAAAUUCCAAAGUACUUGACCUCACACUUGACAAGCUUAUCCCCGUAAGUGGAAGUUGCGAGUUGGGAAAGUCUCUUGAGAUCUUAAAUAAAAAUGUUUUCAUGAAAAUGCCAAGUGGUUCUCCAAAAGCCGUGGUGGUGGUCAUGGCUGGAAAAUCGGUGGAUGACGUUUCUAACGCGGCGAAAGAACUAAGCAGAUUAAGUGUGAGAGUCGUAACCAUAGGUGUGGGUGGUCAAGCAGAUAUGAAGCAGUUGGCAACCAUUGCUGAUUCACCACUCUACGCUUUCAAGGUUCCGGUUAUCAAGUAUUUGCCAGCAAUGUCCGGUACAGUGGUUGGAUUUUUAAAUGGAGUGACCGACUCUAAGACGCUCAAUGCAAAUGUAGUUGUUUCUGAUCCGUCCGUCAUUCAAAAGGGAAAACAUAGUGGGUAUUACAAAGAAGAAAAUUCUUUAGAUGCCAACGAGAUAGAAGAGGCUCCCUACACAGAUAACGACUUAUUGCAAGGUCUUCCACCAAUUCUUGACCAAUUGGAUGGGGAUAAAUCAGCAAUAGAUUCUUGGAUCUCCGCCUUGGGAGGUGACAGUACACAGCAUGAUGCCUCGUAUCCGGGUCCAGGUGUUCAUCCUUCUCAAAGACCAUCAACCACAGGAAAUCUUGGCACGCGACCCACACGUACUACUUAUGAAGUGGGAACAACUCUUGCAGCCGCUCCUCUAAAUAAUUGGAAUGAUGAAGGAUUUGUAUUUAAUCCGACUUUAGCUGCAGAAAAUCCGCUCCAUAAUGUCAAUAGCAUUAAUGACAGCCCACAAAAUGAGCUCCAAGACUCAGUAAGUCAAGUUCCUAUGAACCCAUUACCAAAUAAUAAUGGGUCAGCAGGGCAGGCAUCGUCUGGUCAAACUGGUGGGAAGGUCACUACUCAAGGGUCUGGCACUAAUAGUGCAAUGAGCCCGUCAACUGCUUCUACAAAUGGAUCAGUGCAAGGCGGUGUCAGCCAGGGACAAGGAGCAACGGGUGAAGUUUCAGCUAAUGGGGCAGCCAGCCCUCCUACAGCAGCUAAUCCUAAUCCAUCUGGUGGUAAUCAAGGAAAUGGUAUUCCCUCUGAAGGAUCACCAAGCAGUAAUGGGGCAGGCAGCUCCGUUACCUCAGAAAAUCCAAAUCAGAUGGGUGGAGGCCAGGUGAAAGGAGUUCCAGGAGUAGCCCCAGCUGUUUCCAGUGGCGCAGUCACUCCAGGUACCACAGGUAAUCCAAAUAAGGCGGGUAGUAACCAAGUAUCAGGAUCAAUUCCCCAAACAACAACUGGCGGUGUAGCGAAUCCCAGUAGUUCUGGACCAGGAGGGACAGGAGGGACAGGAGGAACAGGGGGAACAGGAGGAACUUCCGGAGGUGCUUCUAGUCCACCAGGUGUGGUGCCAGUUAUUCAAACCCCGUUGUUAUCUAUACCAGUCCUUCCAAUUCAAACCAUUCCGAUCCAAGCACUUCCAUCAAUACAGACAGCAGGAUCAGAAAAUUCCCAAAAACUUCAGCCUCAGGCCCCAAAUAAUACAAACCAACGUGAGGGCAAUGGAGAAACCAUUCAGACUCCGACCCCAACAACUAGUAGUGCAGCUGCAGCCCCUAACGCAGGCAACCGAGGGGGUAAAAACGGAAAAGGGCCAGAGGCACCCCAUAACCCGUCAUCGUCUUCAGGAAACCAAAAUCCCUCAGGUUCUGCCAGCUCUAAACCAGGAAAAUCAGGAAAUGGUAGCAACCAAGUACCUAGUUCUUCAAAGCCAACGCCUGUGAAUAAAAGCUCGGCAAAGUUAGAACCUACGAGCGCGCCGGCAGAAACUUUAGCGAAAUCGGGAACCUCUAGAAAUCCAAAUCCCACCACUCCUCCGUCGAGUACAUCCAACAAAGAAGCGCACUCUGGAAAACCUGAUGGUUCGAAAAACAAGCCAAUUUCUACGACCGCAGUUAAGGGUGGUGCGCCUGAUGGCAAAUCUUCGCCCACAAAACCAAACAAUAAAGCGAGCAGUCAGUCACAUCAGCAACAACCAAUUGUUUUAUGCCAAAUAGUUUGUGGACCUGGCUGUUGUCCACUCAUAUCAACAGCAAAACCAACUGUACCGACUACGAAGGAAACAACUACUUUAAAGCCCAAGGAAACAACAAAACCAACAAAAGAGGCUCCCCCUGAGGUGCUGGCAGGCCCACCUAUUCCUGUACAUUAUCCUCAGAGACCAGGGUGGUUCCCUCAGAACCUUGCUCCCUUACCCAUGCCCCCUAGCUCAUUACCAUUUGGAACUGAUCCUGGAUCAGUCUCAAUUCAUCCUCAAUCGAAUAUGUAUAUGACUCUUCCACCUGCAACAAGUGCUCCUAAAAUCAGCUCAUUUCGCAAAACAGACAAACACGACAUUUUUGCUGGUCAGUGUGAAGAUUACCACCCUGACUGUCCUUCUUUUCUCUUGAGUGGCCUGUGUGAUCAGCCCAAUCCUUUUUUAGAGGUAUUUAAUGUUCGUGAGGUUUGUAUGCGGUCGUGCGGCGUCUGCAACAGUUUCGUGAAACAUGGACAAAAAGAUACCUUUGACUUGCACAAAAAAGAAAAGAAGCCAGAGGAUAUUGGAUUUCCCGAGUACAGCAGAAAGUUUCUAAAACGUAACUUACGAGUAAUUAAUAUGCCUGAAGAGCUGCAGCGAUAA